CUAUUCUCCCGGGUUCUAAAACCACUCCGUUUCGCUCAGCGAAAGUAGAAAGAUUCUCGCCUUCUGUACGUCGGGCCUUCUCGUCUCAUCAGCAAACAGCGACCAGAAAAUGGCACCACCGUCUACCGCCGAAGACAGCCGAUCCAGGGACCUCGACAAGCUACUCCUCCGCGCCGGAAAUCUCGUCGGACCCACCUUCGAACCCGGCCCCGGACUGCGAGAUGACCUCAAAGAGUACGCCAGAGUUUUGGUGGUCGGGGCUGGUGGGCUGGGCUGCGAGCUGCUCAAGGACUUGGCUUUGUCUGGCUUUCGGGAGCUCGAAGUCAUAGACAUGGAUCGUAUCGAGGUUUCCAAUCUCAAUCGCCAGUUCCUCUUCAGACUUGAAGAUGUAGGCAAGCCAAAGGCUGAGGUGGCUGCAAAACGUGUCAUGGAGAGAGUUAGUGGUGUAAAUAUCAUUCCACAUUUUUGCCGGAUUGAGGACAAGGAGCUUGAAUUUUAUAGUGAUUUCAGUAUUAUCGUCCUUGGUCUUGAUUCCAUUGAGGCUCGGAGCUACAUAAAUUCUGUUGCUUGUAGUUUUCUUGAGUAUAAUUCUGAUGAUAGCCCACAAGAAGAAACCAUCAAGCCUAUGGUAGAUGGAGGGACUGAAGGUUUUCAAGGACAUGCUAGGGUCAUUAUGCCAGGGGUCACUCCAUGCUUUGAGUGCACCAUCUGGCUUUUUCCCCCUCAAGUGAAGUUCCCUCUGUGCACCCUUGCAGAAACCCCUAGAACUGCUGCUCAUUGUAUUGAAUAUGCUCAUUUAAUCAAAUGGGAUGAGGUACAUAGCGGAAAGGCUUUUGAUCCAGAUGAUCCAGAGCAUAUGAAGUGGGUCUAUGAUGAGGCUACCAAGAGAGCUGAGCUUUUCGGUAUUCCAGGAGUCACAUAUUCUCUUACUCAGGGUGUUGUGAAGAACAUCAUACCAGCUAUUGCUUCCACAAAUGCAAUUAUAUCAGCUGCGUGUGCACUAGAGACAUUGAAGAUUGCAUCUGGAUGCAGCAAAACACUAUCAAACUAUUUAACUUAUAAUGGUGCAGCAGGUCUCCACACGAAAGUGACUGAAUUCGUCAGGGACAAAGACUGUAUUGAAUGCGGACCAGGUGUUCUUGUUCAACUGGACACCUCAAUUACUUUGCAAAAGUUCAUCGAUCUACUUGAAGAACACCCGAAAUUGCUAUUAUCGAAAGCAAGCAUCUCACACAGAGGGAAGAAUCUGUACAUGCAGGCGCCACCUGUACUGGAAGAGAUGACCAGAUCAAACCUAAGCGUACCACUUUUUGAGCUAAUGGGUAAAGUUGCUAAGGAUGUUGUACAUGCGAGCGGUACAACCACCACGAAUGACAAAAAGACUUCGUGUCUGAGAAAGUUGCGUGUUAUUUUCGAAGGAGUUGAUGGGAUCACAGAUAUGGAUACCGCAGGAGAGGCAUGAGUUUUUCACUGGACCUAAUCAAAGACCAGAGGAGUUACAGAGCUUUUGAAGAUUCUCUCCCAAAUACGAUUGAAGCAAAAGGCGGGAUUGGUGAGGCAAGGUUGAAAACCAUUCUAAGUUGUAAAUUUUGUCUUGGAAUAUUAAUAUCUCGAAAGAUAAUUGAUCUUUUACUAUCACCAUGAGAGCAAUGAGAUUUUACAGUUUCAAGUUGCCCUGAACAAUUGUUUUGAUGAAAAAGAUAACGGUUUUCCGGUUAUGGCCAAUGGAUUCACGUCUUAUUUA